UAUGUAGGCAAGCCAUCGUGUUUAUCCGCUUGUGAGUAAAACAUGAGAGGGAGGGAGCGGUGUGGAGAGAGAUGGAGCAGGCGGAGGGGGCGUUUAUCUUCUCACUAGCUCAUGGCCAGAGAGCGCAGUGGCACUGGGCUGCUGAACCUCUCUGUUUGUCGUUAGAGCACCGUCUUUACUAUUUCCAGUUCCACCCUGCGGCUAUUACGCGCUGAACCUGGACUAACGUUACAUGUUUCCUUUUGGCCAACUCGGUAUGUAUUAGUCCUCAUAUCCUGCCGCAGAGGACGCCAUCGGAGAGGACCCGCACAGACCUGCAGCAUCCCAGUGUAAGGAUGGUGUGACACUCAGACAGACAGAGGGAACAGUCACCGCUCUCCACUCACAGGCAGACCAUGGCUCCCAAGUGUCUCCUUUUCCUGGGCUUCCUCCUCUCCUCCCUCCAUCCUUCAGAUGCCCAGACCAUCAUUGGCUCCUCUUCUUCAUUCUCUGCUCCGGACCUGCCUAAUAAUUCCUCACCUCACCCUACAAAGCAGACUGCUGGACUCUGGCCUUCUUUGCCUCCCAGAGGGCGCACUGAUGUGCCUAUCAGAGCUACAGUCCAGGAGAGACAGAAAAAUACUAAUGCAGUGCAACAGGGGCGAACAAGCCGUCCUACCCCACAGUUCACUCCUCCAUUAGUAUCUGCUUUAUCCACGCAGAACCUCAGCAGUGGGCUAAUUUUAACUCAACCCACUGCCUCCAGGCCCAGAACUGAUACAGCUGGUUUAGCAUUGAACGGGGCUUUUGCAAAGGAAGAUGCUACUACAAAAGGCUCAAUUCCACCUUUGCCAACUCUCCCCUCUGCUGCUUUCACUGAGUCUGCAGGUGAUAAGCCAGUGACAGCAGGAAAUUCAGAAGAGGGGUCACCCAAAGAGACGGAGGAUGAGGAUUUACACGGGCUGGGAUCAGGUCAUAUUCCAACGGUAAUGCCUGUGAAGGAGGAAUCAUCUGUUCCUCAGGCAACGGUUGAGGAUGAAAUGGCGCAGUAUCAGCCACAGGCACAGACGGCAAACGCUUUUGAUGUAGAAACACCACCAGAGGGAAGUCAGGCUAUGAACCCUUACCUGCCUGUGCUUACAACAGCCGGUAAAAUCUCUACAACGCCACAGACUGAGACAAGAGCCACCCCCUCCCCUGUGGUUACCCAGGCAACUGUAGUAUUAACAGGUAAACUGACAGAGAACACUCCUUCCACCGUGAGAGCUACUCCGAAGCAGGCUGCUGUGACACUACCACAACCCACAACUACCACCACUGGCUCUAAACAGUCACGGACUGAAGAACAACAAACCACAACACAGCAAGUAACAACCACAUCUACAAAAAGUGUGCUUACUACAACACAGGAGGCGAUGAGAAAACUCACCAAAACAACACCUCAACCCAACAAAAUGGAACGUCUGGGAAGAAAUGCAUCUAGCCCAACUAUACAGUCUUCAAGUACAGGGAGCUCCACUGGUGUCAUGCGAACAAGACUAAGCCCCACAUUUCAGGCUGAUAUUGUUAAGAGGAACCGCUCCGUUCUCCUUGGACAUCCAGCUCCACACACUACCUCUAACCCAGCCCCGUCCCCCAGCCACAGCCCCUCCUCUAACGGCACACUUCUCUACUGGGGUGAUCUGAGCCGGACGCUGGCAUUCGCCUGGGAGCUGCAUGUCUACGGCUCCGUGAGCCUCUUCCUCCUCCUGUUCGCUGGAGCGGCUCUCGGCCUCACCCUGUCCCCCGGCGCAAACUGUCCUCAUCGGGGGGCUCUUGCACUGGCCAAUGCACUUUUGUUUCUCGCUGGAGGCCUCAGGGCGGCUCUCUUUCUGAUGGACCCCUAUGGCACCAGGAAGUUCCUGCCGCGCCCCGCGGUUACUGCCCUCUACAACCUGCCUCUCCACCUGCUGGUGUGGGCACAGGCUGCCUUGGCACUGCUGGCUUUGAGGGUGGCAGGAGUGAGCGUGUUACCUUCCUCUUUGGAGCGUCCCCCUCUGGUGGCGGUGCUGGCUGUGUUGCAGUGCACCCUGCUGCUGGCCGCUGAUCUGCUGUCCCCAGCCCUGUCCCCUGUGGUGCCCGUCACCCUGCAGGUCCUGGCCCUGUGCUGGGGCCUGGCUCUCUGUCUGGGCUUCCUAUGCUAUGUGUUUCCCCGUGUACGCUGCCCUACCAUACCCCACCAUGGAGUUCCUGAAGAGGCCAGGAGGAAGGCUUGGACAGGAAGCAGGAGGACAGGGGUGAUCCUGGGGAGAGUGCUGGCAGUGUGUGCAGUCCUGGGGGCCCUGUGCUGUGGGCUGCAUGUCCAUGCCACCUUAUGGCUCUAUGGACUGCUAGGGGACUGGACGCGCUUCAACUGGGGUUGGUGGCUGGUGCACUUCUGGGCCCGGCUCCUUGAGCUGGCCUGGGGAUUCUCCCUCCUCCUCCUGGGCUCCUGGGUGUUCUGGAGGCCACAAGGUUGCCAUGGAAGAGAGGAGGGGGGACCGGAUGGCAGAGCAGCAGGAGACUUGCCAUCCCCUGGCCAAUCUACAGGCUCCUCUCAAAGACACACCUGCUGGUCCAAGAUAGUCCAGAGCCUGAGGGGGAAGCCCUGUAAAAAGUCUGACAGUAAUGGGGUGGGAGGAGGAGGAAGUGGAGGUGGAGGAGGUGGAGGAGGAGGAGGGGGACCAGGGGAGGUGCCUAACAACUGGGCUGGUCAGGAGCGUCCUGGAGCUGACAUCAGCAAGAGUCUGAUCAGGAACCAGAACCACGAGCAGGCCACGGCCCAGCCACGCUGCGUCAAAGACAGCAACAGGGGACGCAACCAUAGGGGCCACUCUGCGGAGCGGGGCCAUUCUGCUGAGCGGGGCCUCUCUGACGGCUCCACAGGUUCCCUGCUCAGACUGCAGGCGCUGGGCCGGCCCCCUCAGCGCUCUGUGAGCGGCAGUCUGGAUCUGGAGGGGGACACUACACUGUCUCUUUACGAGUUCGACCUGCGGCCCCCAUCACCUAUUGACCUAACCCGCAGCAUUGACGAGGCGCUGAACAGGGAGUACCUGCUCGGAGGAGGAAGCUUGUUUCAACCUUUUGCCCAAGCCUCACAGUGCCCCUCCCCGGGGUCAGGGGUCAGUCAGGGUCCCUGGCUCCGCAGGAACAGUGAUCCUCAGAUGCUUUCUGAUAGCAGCGAGGCGACAGAGUCUUCGAUGCCACUAGGGGGCAGCGUGCUCAGCAGUGUCCCCAGCAGGCAGGUGACUGCUCCCCCCACGCCCUCCCACCAGGGUAACAGGUGGCCUGGGAACGCGAUGGGAAGCGUCCCCUCAUCAGUGUCCUGCCCUGUGUCACUUCGUCCCUCCAGAACGUCAACAGGGAAUCUGGGGGAGGACGGAGUGGACGACACGCGGCCGUUCAUCACCCCAGACUCAGAGAGGGUGCGGGGGAGGGCUGGGAGGCCAGCGGGGUCGCGGAGUUACCUGGAGGUCAGCCGACAUGACGACUCUGCCAGUGUCAGCAGUGAAAUCAUUGAUCUAUGAACCAAACUUUGGACAUGAGGACCAAUUACCACACAUUAAACACCCAUUUAACAAAGACUUUUCCUGAUCAAGACUUCAUACAAAUUGGGAACAUUUGAUCAUUGCCUAAGAAUGAAUCAUUUUUAGAAAAGGGAAACUAUUCAAAAGUGUCUCUUGGUGAUGACCUUAAAGGAUAUCAUCUAGUUGCCUUUUAUCUUGUCAAAGGAUUUAACAUCUGUGUUUGGGAAAAAAUAUAUGUUAUACCUUUACUCUGGGAGUAAAAUUGGAAAUAUAGCACAGAUAAACAUCACGGCACACUCAUCUUUCUUUCUCUCUCACACACACGCACACGCACACACACACAAACAUAUCUCCUUUGUUUUUAUGUUAUUCUCUCGGACACGCCUGCAAAGCACUGGUGUCGUCUCCAGUAAACCGAGAACAGACGCGCAUUACAACAAUUCCUGGAUAGGAUUUUUGCAGAUCCCUACAUGUAAUGCAUGUGAAAUGCGUAAUAAAUGUAUUCUUCCCAUGUCCGGGAACAGCACUGAGAGGUUCAAUACAUUUCAAGGGUAGGAAACAAAGGCUCCAAGUCCCAUUCCUAUUGUUUUGGUGAAAAAAUGUCUGCAUAUCAACAAUUGUGGAUUUCAUUGCUCUCAUAGUUUAUUUGCGGUCUCCCUUAUUUGAAGUUGCUUUGUAAUGUAAAGAUGUGCCAUACAUAACCUUGGAUGGUUCUGUGUUAUUUUUAUUGAUCUAUAAACCCAUUAUUUGGGUUAACCCUCACGAGCGUCUUGCCAGUAUCAUAGUGACUCAGCAACAGAUCACUAAGCUCCUAAUGUGCUGCUGUGUUCAUCCAGUCUUCCUUCAAUGCUGUUAAGCUGGUUACAUUAAGAGGUAAACAUGGCAACAAACAUGCAGAUGUAUGCUUGUUUGUGAAACUGUUGCUGAGGCUUUUAGCUGUAGCUGAACUGCACAAUGAACAUCAAGCAUUCACCUGUGAGGUUAAUGCAUUUAAUCUUGUCAUUUUGCUGUAGGACCAAGCUUUUUCCAACAGUAGUUAUUUACAAUUAAAGCCUCUGACUGCAUUUUUACGGGAUUUGAAAAAAAAUAUUACGGGAUUUGAAGAAAAAUAUUAAACAUAAUCACAAUCCUACCAGUUGAAUGUAAUUAUUCAGACUGUUUGAUAUGUUAGUUAAAGAAGCAGUGUGUAGGAGUUAUGGGGGAUCUAUUGGCAAACAUAUAAUGAGCCCUUCAUACCUACAAAGGGAGUGGAUCCUCUUCCGUGGAGUCCGCCAUGUUGCAGAGCUAUGUUUCUGCCAAAAACAAACAAACACAGGCUAUAGAGAAGGAUUUAGCUUUUCUAUGUUACCCAAAGACCAUUAUAGGUGCUUAUACACGCUUGAAAAGUAACAGUGAGCAGAGGGGUAUUCCUUUGGUUUGCUAUAUGCCACGGCACCCUACACACUGCUCCUAAACGCCACACAGCUUUGCAGAGCUGCACCACAUGAGUCUGGCUUGGCAUGAAUCUCAGAUCUCGUAUAAUAGACCUGACUCAAUAACAGAGCACUUAACUGUAAGCCUGAGCACUAGACUAAAGUAUUUUACUACUCAAGAGAAAAGAUAUCUUUCAAAUAUAUCAUGUAUAAGCAACAAUGUAAAUAUUGUUAUUUUUGAUGUCAUGAAUAAAGGUGUAUUUGAAACAUAGUUGUAGUUGCUACUGUGAAAGACAAUCUAAAGUGGUAUUGCUUAUGUGUCCAAGCUGUGCAGACAGUUAUGCUAUUGCUAUUUCAACAUCAGAUUUCGACCUGUUCAGUUAAUACUUACCUUCAGAGGUCGUGUUCAUGACUUUCUGAGUUUUGCUCAGAUUAUAUUGACGCUGGUCUUGCUAAAUGAAUAACGGAUGGCCGAGAUCUGCAGGAUUUUUAAUUCUUCUAUUUCUGUUGAAUGACGACAACGUUACAGAAAAAAGGAAAAACAGAGAGCACUUCAAAUGGAACCAUAUUUAGUCAAUGAUUUACCUCAAUCCUGUUUGGUGAUCUUCAAUAUAGCCCCGUGGUUUCAUCCUCAGUCUUGUAUUUGAAAAGUUUUGUUCCAACAUGAGAUAUGACGUAUUUUGUUUUAAAAAUGAGCCUCACAAAAUCAUUAUGUGAAUGUUUUCUUGGGUUACUGUCGUGAAUAUUGAAACAUUUCAAGAAGUGACAUUUUUCCAAAGUGGAUAAGUGUCAUUUUGGAAUAAAACUUAAAUCAUGCCUCUGUUUCUGAUGAGUCCUAUUCCAUAACUUGUUUUUCCGGUUACCUCAGGGUGACUUCCAGUACCUCCCAGUGAUACUUGACUUGUUUAGUAUUUACAUUACAAUGGCCUUGUGUUUUUUGUCUACAUUCCAAUGAACCCCUAAGAUUUAAUAGUAUCAGUACUCGCUGUUACCGCUUUUACUCUAUGAACAGGGCGGUACCUCCAGCAGUGUUGUUUCCUCACCAAAGCAGUACGUGCCAUAGAAAAUACAUUCAAUGUGCCCCCCCCCCAGUCUGUGGUCACAGUGCAGAAGUAAAGUGUUAGAUUCAAAUGUUUACUUUGCUCAUUGAACUCUUGUUCUUGUAUUUCAUGUCUGCAUUCAAAUAAAAACGAGUAAACAUGUUA